ACUCGUCACGCUGUUUGUAUAGGAAGUAUUGGAAUGACCUGUCAGGCUGAUACACUUCCCUUUUGGUCGACUCUCUCUUGUGAGACAAUGUGUAAUCCCUCGUUAUUUUAGAUCCAACCACAGAUUGUGAUUCACAGUCUCUAAAUACAUGGAGUUUAUGACACUGAAGGAGAAGAGCGAAACGGAACCUCGAAAGUUGCCGUCGAUCUACCACAAUUCAACUACUAGUGUUGACCACUGAAAAGCAAUGUUAAAGCAGUAUCGGCCUACAAAUGCGUGCUUUGCUCUUAGUGUUGUUUUGCACCGUUGCUCUGCAAUGGGAUCGUGUCAGCUGCCAGAAAUCUGUUUACGUGUCCAACACACAGCUGGUACCUCAUGGGAAUGUCUGGCGUUCAGACAGACCUGGAGAAGUUACACCGAACCGCAAUGGAGACGAGUGUGAUGUGGUGAUGAACCUGUCUGCCAGUCAGAGAUGUGAGUUUGUGAAGAAUACACCGGACUGUACUUCAGAUGAAGGCUUCAUCAAGUACCCUGUGGUCACCUUUUGCCUGUUCCCACCUAAUCUGCUGCCUCUAGCCAUCACACUCUAUGUCAUCUGGUUGUUUGCUCUGUUCCUUCUUCUUGGGCUGAUUGCAUCAGACUUUUUCUGUCCAAACCUCUCAGCCAUUUCCUCCACACUGAGACUGACUCAUAAUGUGGCCGGCGUAACGUUCCUGGCACUUGGAAAUGGGGCUCCAGAUGUGUUCAGUGCCAUGGCUGCUUUUUCCCACCCUCAGACUGCUGGUCUUGCUGUUGGAGCACUGUUUGGAGCGGGAAUCUUUGUUACAACAGUGGUAGCUGGAAGCAUUGCUCUGGUUAAGCCUUUCACUGUGGCGUCCCGUCCAUUCCUUCGUGAUGUCAUUUUCUACAUGGCAGCUGUGUUUUGGACCUUCAGUAUCCUAUAUAAAGGCCAUAUUUCCAUGGGAGAAGCCAUGGGUUAUCUGGGGCUGUAUAUUGCAUAUGUUUUGACUGUGAUUGUGAGUGCAUAUAUAUACAAUCGUCAGAAGCAUCAGCUAAAUGGAUCGGCCCAGACUACAGGCAGAGAACAGGGAGAGACUCUCCCAUCUGAUUCAUACAGAGAAAUUCAGAGUGGCAGCAUUCAGGCACACGAUUGCAGAGAGUAUGAGCCUUUGCUGCCUUACACUCAAUCCACUGCUCAGAUCUUCCUGAAUGCCAUUAACCCGGUGGAUAGUAGGACCUGGAGGAGACAGCACUGGAGUGCCAAAGUCCUCAAAGUGAUCAAGGUGCCUGUAGAAGUGCUGUUAUUGUUGACAGUUCCUGUGGUGGACACAGAUAAGGAGGAUCACAACUGGAAACGCCCUCUGAACUGUCUUCACAUAAUCACUGGGCCUCUGGUCUGCGUGCUUACCUUCCAGUCGGGAAAGUAUGGCUUACUGCUCAUUGAAGGAGAAGUUCCAGUGUGGGUGCUUGUACUCUGCAUCGGAGUCUUCCUCUCUGGCAUAGUCUUCUUCACUACCACAAAUGAGCAUCCUCCUAGAUAUCACUUUCUCUAUUCUCUGCUAGGUUUUGUGGUCAGUGCGCUGUGGAUCAGCACUGUGGCGGCUGAGAUUGUUAGUGUGCUGCACCUGCUGGGGGUUGUUCUCAGUCUCAGCAACACUGUACUGGGCCUCACCUUGUUAGCCUGGGGCAACAGCAUUGGAGAUUGCUUUGCAGACAUUACUAUAGCCCGUCAGGGAUACCCACGGAUGGCCAUUUCUGCCUGUUUCGGGGGCAUUAUCUUUAACAUGCUGUUUGGUGUGGGCCUGGGCUGCCUGCUGCAAAUCUUUCAGAAUGAAAAUAAUGUUGUGAUGCUGGAACCAGAAGGGAUGCUGUGCUGGGUUCUGUCAGGAGCACUGGGUCUGUCUCUCGUCUUCUCCUUCAUACUGGUUCCUCUUCAGUGUUUUCACCUGAGCCGAGUCUAUGGCAUUUUUCUACUGAUCUUCUACACUGUCUUUCUCAUCGUUGCCCUGCUCACUGAAUUUAGAAUUCUCAAAUUCUGACAUCAGCAGAAACACUAACUGGACAAGUGCAAAAAUCUUUAGACGCUCAUAGAAAUAUAUAAGAAAUGUAUUAGAAUAUAUAUAUAUAUUUUUUUGUAAAUGUAUGUUUUUGAAGAUCAUGGGUAAUUGCUAUGCACUAGUUAAAUUGUUUUCAAACAUAUCUUGAAUUAUGAGAUUUAAAUGAUUAAAAAUCUAUUUUAUUAAAUGGGAUACUUGCAAAUAUGCUGUGGUGUUGUGUGUGUGUUUUUUACAUUUUUUUAAUUUAAUGAAUUCAUGCCAAGUGCGAUUCGCGAGCUGAUCAUUCUUUUAAGUCGAAUGAUGCAUGUGCUGGUUGAAUCGGUUCACAAAAUUGAGCUGCUCUCAAGUCAUGAUGAAACUAUAACCAAUGAGUGAUUUGAGAGUAAAUGUGUAUUCCUGUAGCUGAACUGAUAAAAUAUAUUCACUGAAUGACAGCAUGUCCUAAAUGCACAGCAGCAUCAGUGUGCAUGCUUGUGGGUGUAGUUGUUGAAGUAGCUGUAGUAUUUGCUCCAGAC